AUGUGUGCCCUCCUCUCUGCCGUCGCGAGCCCGCCGGCUGCGCUCUUCACUGGUGCAGACACGCGGCAUUCGGCCGAGGCCGCCAUCCAUGCGUUUGCGGCUUCUGUCGCUGCUGCGACGCGCUGUGGCGUCUCGCAGGUGGAGGAGGCCGCCCACGCGGCUCUGGGUAAGCUGAUGGCUGAGGCCCGUCGUCACGACCACCGCGCGGACCCUCCUCCACGCCUUCCGACCCCGGCUCUGGUCACGGCGCUCGAGAGCGAGGCUGUCGUGGCACGGCUCGUGGAGGUGCUUGCGUGCGGCUUCCUGCAGAGGAAGGAGUUUGCGUGCGACCAGCUAGUUGCGCUAUGCCGCGGCUCCCCAGCCGCGAGUCAGGCCGCCCUCGACUCUGGAGCCUCAACGGCCGUGCUCGCCAAUCUCCGAGCUGCGGGCGGCGAAAGCAACGUAGAGAGGCAUCGCCUGGCCACCACCACCGUCAGCGGCGCUCUGCUCGGCGGCGCUGGUGACGUGGUCGUCCAGCACGCAGCAGCGUCGUCCGACGUCGACCGAACGGCCGCAUUCUUCAUUUUCGGCGGCGUGCUCACGGGGCCGAUCAACUACCGCUGGCUCGACUUCCUCGCGGCCGCGUCGAGAAGCAUCGCGCCGCAGGGCGGUGCCGCGUCUCUCGCCGCAAAGGUGGCGCUGCAGUCGACGGUCAUGCAGCCGCUGAUAUACCUCCCGUCCUUCUACCUGACUAACGCCCUCGUGCGCCGCUGGAGCGUGGCCGAGGCGGCUGAGCACGUCCGUGCCGAGUAUGCGGACACGCUGCGCAGACUCUGGCUCUUCUGGACGCCCUCGGUCUGCUUCGCCUUUGGCGUGUUGCCGCUCCGGCUGCAGGCGGUCUUCUUCGCCGGAGUCGGAUUCGCGUGGAACGUCGUCCUCUCGGCGUACAAUGGCGCAGGGCCGCAGCGCGUAGCCAGCGUGACCGUGAGCCAAGAACAGGUCCGCGGCGGCUGCGGCGAAGCGGCGGGCGCGGCAUGCCGAUGGCAGUGCGGACGAUGCGGUUGCGAUGUGUUCUGCUUCAAGAUCGUGGCGGUGCUUGGCAUGCACUUCUGCGAUCCCAAUCAGCUCAUCGCAACGAAGCAGAGCAACAAGCUGGCUGCUGCCAACAAGGCCCUAUGCUACCUCACGCGCGGAUCGUUCAAAGAGGACCAGCACACACAGGCUUCACGCCUUCACCGUCACGCAUUUGAUUAA